AUGCCAUCCAAAAAGAACCCACCACGAUCAUCCAAUGAAAACACUGAUGAAUCGGGAGAGACUUCAGAUGAGUCCUCUGCAAAAUCCAACUUCUCAACAACAAACUCUCUACGCCAAUCAACCUGCUCUCAACAACCGUCAAAAGGUACAUUGGCUGCCAAUUCUGAUUCAUCUCAAACUUCAAAACACACCCCAAAAAAGCGUAAGAACAACUCAAAUCCCAAGGUUAAGAAAAAGCGUAAAACCAAGAAAGAUUUGCUUGCUGAGGCAGCAAUAUUGACCUCACUUACAACCUCAGCAAACAUACUUCAAACACACCAUGUUGAUCUUGAGCAAAACUCUGAUAGAGAGAAUGUAAAAGUGAAGCCUCGAAAGGCAGUAUCAAGUUAUGCAAAUGCCAGAGAUUGGUAUGGUACACCUAUACGAGGUGGAAAGGAUGUGAGUCAAUAG